AUGGCGACAGACUCCUCAAUUCUCUUGCACUCCGCAACAAUCCUCACUCUAAACACAGCUCGUGAGAUCCUCCGAAAUGGCUACAUCCACAUCACAAGCAACAAAAUCACCUCCAUCGGCAAAAACUACCCUUCAACUCCUCUCCCAGCACACACUCAAAUCAUAGACUGCAAAAACAAAAUCAUCAUUCCAGGCCUGAUCAACACGCACGCCCAUCUCGUACAAUCGUUGCUGCGCGGAUUAGCCGAAGAUCUUCCGCUGCACAAUUGGCUCUGCGAUGCGAUUUGGCCCUUGGAGACUGUGUAUGCGGAUGAUGAUGGAUAUAAUGCGGCCAGGCUGACGAUCGCGGAGAUGCUGAAGACGGGGACGACGUGUUUUUUGGAUCCGAUGUUGACGUACCGGGCGGGAUUUGAGAGGGUUUGUGACGUUGUGGGUGAGAUGGGGGUUAGGGGGUGUUUGGGCAAAUUGGUAAAAUUCACCGAAACAAAUCGACAACUCUCCAUCACAGACCCGCGAGAUAAAGAUUUGAUUGCCAUGUCUAUUCCCGCGCUCGUUGAAGCCCAUGCUCAACACCACGGCUCCCACGAGAACAGGUUACAUGUCUGGGCGGCAGCUGGUACUCCACGAGGCGCUCCCAAAUCUGCAUUCCAAGAGCUUGGUGACGCGUGUUCUGAGCAUGGCAUAUCGAUUACCAUGCAUUGCGCAGAAGCACCCCGAGACUUGGAGAUAUACCGCGAUACAUACGGGUGCAGUCCGAUGGAGUUUGUGAAAGAGACGCAUCUGUGCUGUUCUCAGCCGAUUGGUUCAGGGAAACCACGAAAAUUGGUGCUAGCGCACAUGGUCAAUCUGGAUUUGGAAAAGGAUAUCCCGUUACUAUCGUCGACACAGACAACGGUUGCGCAUAACCCGUCAUCGAACUUGAAACUUGCCUCUGGCAUAGCGCCCGUACCGAGUAUGUUAGCACAUGAAGAAUACGUCAACGUUGCAUUAGGAACAGACGGUGCACCAUGUGCAAAUCAUUACGAUAUGUUUCAAGAGAUGCAUUUAGCAGCCAUACUACACAAGGGGGUCCACAACGACGCCUCACUCAUCCCCGCUGAAACGGCACUCGAGAUGGCCACGAUCAAUGGCGCAAGAGCAUUGGGGCUAGAGGAUGAGGUCGGCAGUCUGGAAGUGGGCAAAAAGGCGGAUAUGGUAGUCCUCGACCCUUAUGGGCGAGGUAAUAUAGGGAUUGCACCGUGGAGUCCUAAUGACGAUAACGUUGAUGGAGUAUCACCCGUUACGACUGUUGUGCAUGGAUGUACGGGGCGGGACGUGGAUAUGACUGUUGUGGAUGGGAGGAUCGUUGUCAUGAAUGGACAAUUGGUUGAUGGUGGUCGAGCGAAAGAGAUGGAUAUUAUUGGAAAAGCGCAGCUGGCUGCUAGAGGUAUAUUGCAGAGGUGUAACAUGGAUCGUGCAGAGGGGCAGGAGAUUGGAGGCCGAUUGAGAAAGGACUGGACAUAUGUUUAG